GGAGAAGGGCUUUUGUAAAGCCUUAGAACAUCGUUUUCGCGCCAGACUCAAAUUUUUUCAUGGCGGACAAUCUGUAGCAUUAUCGUCUGAAGUGCCUUUCUUACGAAAUUGCGUUUCUUACGAAGUUUGCGGUCAAGAUGUUUGUUACCGACAUAAGGAAAGAAUUUUAUGAUAAAGUAGUGCACGAGAGGGUCCUCGUUUUGGUGGCCUUUGAUGUUGAUGCUCUUUGUGCCUGCAAGAUUCUCCAGUACCUGUUCCAGUGUGACCAUGUGCAGUACACCAUUGUGCCCAUCACAGGCAGACAGGAGCUGGAGAAUGCCUUUCUGGAACACUCUGAACAGGUGAAGUAUGUUGUUAUGAUCAAUUGUGGAGGAAACAUCAACAUCCUGGAAACCCUCCAGCCAGCUGAACAUGUCAUAUUCUUCAUAGCAGACAGCCACAGGCCAGUUGAUCUGGUGAAUGUCUACAAUGAUGAUCAGGUUAAGUUGCUGAUGCCCACAACUGAUGAUUUCGACAUUCCAGCAUAUGAUGAUCUCUUUAAGGAUGAUGAGUCUGAUGAUGAUUCAGGAAAUGAAAGCGACAGCUCUGCUCCAUCUGGGAAGAGGAGACGUCUUGAUGAGGAGGUUCUUGAGAGGAGAAGAGAGAGGAGGCUCUGGGAAGAGAAAAGAAAACAGAUCCUACUUGACUAUGAAGAGUUCUCAACAUAUGGAACAUCAAGUGCCAUGAUUAUGUUUGACCUUGCCUGGAAAAUGUCCAAGGACAGCAAUGACCUGCUGUGGUGGGGUAUCGUGGGACUCACUGACCAGUACAUUAACAACAGAGUAGAAAGAGGUAAAUACAUGACAGAUGUCGGUGACCUGCACAAGCACACACUCAGGCUCAAUCACAGAAAUGAAGAUGAUGACAACACAGUGUCAGUGGACUGUAUGAGGAUCUACUUUGAUGAAGAGUUGAAACUUGCCCUGUACAGACAUUGGUCAUUAUUUGAGAGUCUCAAGCAUUCAAGCUACCCAGCCUGCAAGUUUAAGAUGUGGACUGUAAAAGGGCAGCAAAAGAUGCAUGAGUUUCUGGCUGACAUGGGGUUGCCUCUUGUACAGGUGAAACAGAAGUUCACCUCCAUGGACAUGGGACUGAAAGAAAGUUUUAAGGGACUCUUUACAGCUUCAUGUGAGAAAUAUGGUUUGGAUGACAUCUCCUUUGGGUCUUUCAUUGCACAGUAUGGCUACAAGAACAAGCUCUGUGCUGCUGAUGUGGUGUAUGCUGUCAAUGGGCUGAUGGAAUGUGUGGAGGCAGAAAAAAGUGCAACUGGGUACUUUCUCGAGGCACUGGACUGUCUGUCAAGACAAAACGUGAAGAAGUUGUUGCGAGGCCUGGAUCUUGCAAAGCGACAGCUGACCACCAUCAUGCAGACUGUCCACUCUUUCAUUGACAUGAAGCAGAUCAUAUCAGCUGGGCCCUUCCUGUAUGCAUAUAUACCUGAGGGGCACCCGGAUGUGAAGUUUUUCUCCAGACCCAACUGCCUUGGCAUGCUGGCUUACUUCAUGCAGGAGGCAUAUGUGGCCACAUCCAGAAGCAGGAGAAGUACACUGCUGCCCAUGGUGGUGGCAGCACCCCUGAACGCAGAGACUGGCUCUGCCCUGGUCAUUGGCAUCCCUCCGAAGGCUGAGGAGUCAACCAAGAACUUCUUUGGUCGUGCUUUUGAGCAAGCUGCUAUUCAGACCAACUCGAGAACCUUGCACGACAACUUUGAUACCUCAAUAAUUGAGAUGAAGUCAGAAGACAGAAGCAAGUUCUUUGAUGCCCUGAUCUCACUUUUGUCCUGAGUGGUUACUGACUGGUUGUUGGUCCGGUCACCAACAUGCUGGCCGCUUGGCAUUGGUCAAGGGUUAUUCCAAACAGCAGCUCCUGUUCUACCAAAUGUCUUAGAGAAGAAUCUUCAUCGUCAUCCCAGCAUUCUUAGAGAAGUAUUCACUUUUCAAUAGGUGUAACUGAUUGAUACCCCCUUUCCACUAGGAUGGCGCUCUCGUCAUACUCUCUCUGCAACCUAAAAUUUCACUGAAUGAAUUUCAUAGAAAAUAUUUGUUUACGCUUUGUAUGAUUGUUGUCUUUUUCAGUCACACUUUUACAUUUUGUUUGACAUACCCUAUGAAGUCAUCUGUUUUAGGUCACAGUGAGAGUGCAGUACAAUGGUUGUCUAGUGGAAUGGGUCCUUAGCACCUUUACUUGCAGUCUCCCUGCACAACAAUAAUGAUCUUUUAAUGAGUGACAAUUAUGGGGAAGUUUACCUCACAAAGCAUGGGAGUGAGUGUUUGUUGUCUGUCAGCAAGUUUAUGAAUUUUCCUGAAUCCUAUUUUUCUUACCAUAUAGAAACAUGCAAUUUACAAAUUUGUUGGGUUGAAUAUCAUAUUAGAAUAUCUUAUUGUGACACUUUUGUUUUUAAAUGAUUUAUGGACAAAGCACACUUUUCAACUGAAGUUAGAUAUAAGGGAAGGAUGUACCCCUCCAGAAAACAUGCUUUCAACUUUUCCUAUUCUCAGUGGUAUGCUUGUUCCACCCUAUGGAUUAUGAUACAAGAUAUACCUUCUAUAUAUUGAACUGUUAUCAAAGCCAGGAUUCUUUUCUUAAGUACAAGUCUUUGUUGACAUGAUUGUAUUUGUUUUCAAUUUGGAAACUAAACUGGAGGUAAGCACCAAAAUAUAGGGUUCACAGAAACUUAUCUAAUGUUUGGUGUUUUUAAGAAGCUUAUGGAACUUUCCUGUUUAGGCCUUCAAAUCACCGUCGCUCCAUGGUCUCACUUUGCUCCAAACUCCUUAAAACCUUGGAUCUUGGAGUGAAUUUUUGAUGAUGUAAAUAUAAUAAACUUGACUUCUUCUAUAUACAAUGUAUGCGUCGUUAUGAAAUAUUUUUUAAUGUAAGCUUUUGAUUAUGACAUGUAUGCCCUUAUAGUCCAUACAGUCAAUUUUUAAUGAGAUGUAUGUUGCUGGUGAUGUUUUGUAUUAAGUAUGAGUAGCUGUCUAGUUUGUGUAUGAAAAAGCUACACAUUGACUUUUUCUACAUCCAAUUGUGAUAGAAGGCAACCGUCAUGCCACCAACAGCAUCACAAUGGCAGUUAAUAGAAUCAGUUGCUUUUCUGAGCAAGUUAUUGAUGUAAAAAGUCACUACAUGUGUGGUAAUAAUGGAAUCAUUGACACUGUUAAGGUGCACUCUCACUGCACUUGUGUCAACCUUGCGUAACUGCGGGGUUCGUUCACUGCGUCACUGCUUUGUUAUUUUCUCUGAUUUUUUAGAAUCUUGAUAUUGCGUAAUAUGUAUAAGUAUGACUUAGAAGACAAGAAAAUACACAAAAAGUGGGAAAAUUUGUUCGUUAUCUCUGAAAUUCGUUGAAUAUCUUUUGAACCCUGCAGUGAUACAAACUUGACGUAAGUGCAGUGAGUGUGCACCCUUACUCUCUUAAGCGUUUCAUGUUUGAAAAAAAAAUGCUGAAAAACUAAAUAAUGCCCUCACUCAGUCUUACCCAGUGUAAAUAAAGCAGAUAGGGAGUCAUUAGCUAAGAUUUGUCAUAGACUUUCUAUUCUAUGGUCAAUGAAUGACAUGUAUUACUUCUACCCAAGUGAAAUAAUAAAAUGGAAAUAUUUAAAGAGUUUC